CCAGACAGCAUUCGGGUAAUGGGCGACAAAUCUACAGCUAGAGAAACAAUGAAAAAAGCUGGUGUUCCUACUGUACCAGGAAGUGAUGGACUUGUGCAGUCAACAGAAGAGGCUGUGAAGCUUGCCCAUGAAAUUGGUUUUCCUGUCAUGAUCAAGGCAACUGCUGGUGGUGGAGGGCGUGGAAUGAGAUUAGCUAAAGAACCUGAUGAGUUUGUGAAGCUGCUACAGCAAGCUAAGAGCGAAGCUGCAGCUGCAUUUGGAAAUGAUGGAGUGUAUUUGGAGAAAUAUAUCCAAAAUCCAAGACAUAUUGAAUUUCAGGUUCUUGCUGACAAAUAUGGUAAUGUUGUCCAUUUUGGGGAGCGUGAUUGUAGCAUUCAGAGGAGAAACCAGAAACUUCUAGAGGAAGCUCCUUCACCUGCUUUGACCCCAGAACUACGUAAAGCUAUGGGUGAUGCAGCUGUAGCAGCUGCUGCAUCUAUAGGUUACAUUGGUGUAGGAACUGUUGAAUUUCUCUUGGACGAAGGAGGUUCUUUCUAUUUCAUGGAGAUGAACACCAGGAUACAGGUAGAGCAUCCUGUCACAGAAAUGAUUUCUUCAACUGACUUGAUUGAGGAACAAAUACGUGUGGCUCUUGGUGAAAGUUUGACUUACAAACAGGAAGAUAUUGUUCUGAGAGGGCAUUCAAUUGAGUGUCGUAUUAAUGCAGAAGACCCUUUCAAAGGGUUUCGUCCUGGACCUGGGAAAAUCACAUCGUACUUGCCAUCUGGAGGACCAUUUGUGAGAAUGGAUAGUCAUGUUUACCCAGGUUACGUGGUUCCCCCAAGCUACGACUCCUUACUUGGGAAGCUUAUUGUUUGGGCACCAACCAGGGAGAGAGCAAUAGAACGAAUGAAAAGGGCCCUGUGUGACACCAUGAUCACUGGAGUACCUACCACUAUUGAGUACCAUAAGUUGAUUCUUGACAUUGAGGAUUUCAGAAACGGAAAGGUGGACACUGCAUUCAUACCAAAGCAUGAAAAUGAGUUGGCUGCACCCCAGAAGGUGAUCCUGUCUACAUCAGAAAAAGAGCUUUCUGUAUCGAACAACUAGAUUUACCAGGAUUUCUGAAGGAAUAGCUGCGGUUUGCUUGCGUUAUAAGAGUUUGGCACCAGAAUAACCUUCUGAUUACUUGCUUCUUCUCAUGUUGCUUUCUUUCUUAUGAAAGACAAUCUAUCAUUUUUGUCUUCUGUUUUCAAACAAAAAGGGAGGUGUAUCUCAUAGUGCAGAUAUAUAUAGCAAAAUUCAUGUGGCAAGAAUCAUAUAAGAUGAUAUUUAUCAGGAGCAAACUGUUCAAUAAUUAA